CCGUUUUAUAUAUUAUGGGCCACAAACUACACCAAGAGAAAAGCUUCCUGAUUUUGGAGGCCAGUCACCAAUCCUAGACGAAAAGAGACCACAUGAUCCUAUACCCAGUCAUUAUUUUGCAAGAAUACCAUCAACAGUCUCAGAUUUGAAUGGAAACAACAAUAAGGUAACUGGAGAAUAUGAGAAAGUAUACAAAGCAACAGUAGAUCCUGAUGUAGCUAAGAUGGAGAAUAUGAUGGACCAAUGGUGCCUAGAUCUAAAGAGAAAUGUUCUUGCUGAGUUCAGUCAAUCAAAAAUCCGGAUAGUGGAACAAGGCAGACUUCAACUGGUGAAAGAACAAGAAAAGCAUGCCUCUGACAAGAUGAAACUUGUAGAAGAAAUAAAUAGUUUAAAGGAAUUACUAGCUACGUAUGAAAAAUCCAUAGACAGGAAGGAUCAAGUAAUCUCUAAUCUGACGCAUGCAAUGCAGAAACAGAAGGAUAAAAAUGAAAUGAUGAGAACAUUCUGUGAGUGGAAGAUGAAACAUAAUGAUUUCAAAAGAGAGACAUUUUGUACCAUGAUAGCUAAGAAGCAUCAUCAAAGAUGUUUACAAAGAAAAGUUUGGGAUGCUUGGCACUCGGUCAUAGAGACAAAAUGGCGGGUGCGUGUAGAAAAAGCCUGCCAGGCGAAGGCGCAAGAAGUUUGUAUUCAGCUCACGAAUAAUUAUGAGGCAAAACUGGAUUCAGUAAGUUAA